AGUGACACGCCAGGGGGCGGUGCCUAGCUUUGAAAGAAGAGGAGGGGUCAGUUAAUUGGCGACGUCACGUGAUUCGGAAUGGAGGUGGCGGCGGCGGCGGCAGCUGAGGCGAACAUCUUCCUCAGGAGUCGGCGGGGGCGGCGCUGCUGUUGCGGCUACUGCUAGUCCAGGCGAACCGGCGGCCGCGACGGCGGCAGCCGCCUGAGACGAGCGGCUGGUGUUGCGGGGCACGGGCGUCGUCGUCCGUCAUGGACUGAGGAGACCCGCGAUGGGCAACAAGGAGUCGCGCAUCGGCUUCCUCACCUACGACGAGGCCCUGCGGAGGGUGACGGACGUAGAGCUAAAACGGCUAAAAGAUGCCUUCAAGAGGACCUGCGGACUCUCGUGUUACAUGAGCCAACAAUGCUUCAUUCGGGAAGUUCUCGGAGAUGGAGUUCCGCCAAAGGUUGCAGAGGUCAUAUACUGUUCUUUUGGUGGCACAUCGAAAGGUCUACAUUUCAAUAACCUGAUAGUGGGCUUAGUCCUGCUGACGAGGGGCCGAGAUGAAGAGAAAGCUAAAUAUAUUUUCAGCCUGUUUUCCAAUGAAUCUGGGAGCCAUGUCGCCCGUGAAGAGAUGGAGAGGAUGCUUCUCAUAGUUGAUGGAAAAAUCCCUGAAUGUCUUAAAAAAUGCUUCUUAGAGGGUGAAAAAGUAAACUAUGAAAAAUUCAGAUCCUGGCUGUUGCACAACAAAGAAGCUUUCACAUUCUCCCGCUGGCUGCUCUCCGGAGGAGUGUAUGUCACACUCACAGAUGACAGCGACACUCCCACAUUCUAUCAAACUCUUGCUGGAGUCACACACUUGGAAGAAUCGGAUAUCAUCGACCUCGAGAAACGCUAUUGGCUCCUGAAAGCUCAAUCGAGAACGGGCCGCUUUGAUCUGGAAACGUUUGGCCUCCUGGUUUCCCCUCCGAUCCAUCCAUCCCUGAGCGAAGGCCUGUUUAACGCCUUUGAUGAAAACCGCGACAAUCACAUCGACUUCAAGGAAAUCUCGUGCGGACUCUCGGCGUGCUGCAGGGGGCCACUGGCGGAACGGCAGAAGUUUUGCUUCAAGGUUUUCGACGUUGAUCGAGACGGAGUUUUGUCUAAGGUUGAACUUGAAGAAAUGGUCGUGGCCCUUCUAGAAGUUUGGAAAGAUAAUCGUAUUGAUAACAUUCCAGAGCUGCACAUGAAUUUGCCUGAUAUUGUAGAAGAUAUUCUAAAGUCACAUGACACUACCAAGCUUGGACAUCUCACCCUUGAGGAUUAUCAGAUCUGGAGUGUGAAGAGUGCCCUUGCCAAUGAAUUUCUCAACCUGCUUUUUCAGGUGUGCCAUAUAGUCUUAGGUUUAAGACCUGCCACUCCAGGAGAUGAAGGGCAAAUCAUUAGAGGCUGGCUAGAACGUGAAAGCAGACAUGGCCUUCAACAAGGACACAACUGGUUUCUCAUCGCAAUGCAGUGGUGGCAGCAGUGGAAAGAAUACGUCAAAUAUGAUGCUCCCCCUGUUAUGCUGGAGCCUUUGCCUGUCUCAAAUGGAGGUAAGACUUCUUUCCUGAGUCCUGGGACACCUACGUCAGAGCAAGGAGACGACCGAAUGGGAGCUUCGAAUAACAUCAGUACCGCAGAAGAAAGGUUUUCAGAUAAUAUUUCCAGCGCGUCAGAAGCAUCGGAGACAACUAACAGCAAUUUUCUUUACGCCACCACUCCCAAUGCCGAGAUGUCCUUUGCUCGGCAACUUAAUUCUUCGGACAACAACAAUCAGUGCCUCCUUGCCUCUAAUGGGAAUAUUUUACUGCAGUUGCUGAAUCCACAGCGCCCCGGAGCGAUCGAUAAUCAGCCACUUGUAACGCAAGAGCCUGUGAAGGCUCCAUCAUUGACUUUGGAAGGCGGGCGAUUAAAACCAUCGCCCCAAUUAAUCCAAGGGAAAAAUUAUGAAAGGGUCCCAGAACCGGUGUGGAGAGCCCUCUACCAUUGGUACGGAGCGAAUCUGUCUUUGCCGAGACCGGUGAUCAGAAACAGCGUGACGGGCCUGCCCGAGCUGGAGCUGUUUCCCCGCUACUUGCUCUUCCUGAGACAGCAGCCGGCUACCCGGACCCAGCAGUCCAACGUCUGGGUGAACAUGGGUAUGAUGAGCCUGAGGCUGUUUCCUCAGCAUUGGCCGAGAGGUAACGUAAGACUACAGCAAGAACCCAGCUGCGCAGUAGUUCUCGAGGGGAGGCCGGCUCCACCGCCCAGACUCCGACGCCUGUGCUGCCACAGCGCUUGGAACGUCCCGUCUCCCAGCGCGCCCUUGAAGAGGGUCUUGGCCUACACCGGCUGCUUUAGUCGCACCCAGACCAUCAAGGAGAUCCACGAAUACCUGUCGCAGAGGCUGAGGAUGAAAGAGGAGGACAUGCGCCUGUGGCUGUACAACAGCGAGAACUACCUUACGCUUCUAGACGACGAGGAUCACACACUGGAAUACCUCAAUAUUCAAGACGAGCAGCACUUAAUUAUAGAAGUUCGCAAUAAAGACAUGAGCUGGCCGGAAGAGAUGUCAUUUAUAGCAAACAGCAGUAAAAUUGACAGGCAUAAAGUUCCCACAGAAAAAGGGGCCACGGGCUUAAGCAAUUUGGGGAACACCUGCUUCAUGAAUUCGAGCAUCCAGUGCGUCAGUAACACGCAACCUCUUACCCAGUAUUUCAUCUCCGGCCGACAUCUGUAUGAGCUGAACAGGACAAAUCCGAUAGGAAUGAAGGGGCAUAUGGCUAAAUGCUACGGGGAUUUGAUUCAAGAACUGUGGAGCGGAACCCAAAAGAACAUUGCUCCUCUCAAGUUGCGGUGGACUAUAGCUAAAUAUGCCCCGAGGUUUAAUGGCUUCCAACAGCAAGACUCUCAGGAGCUCUUAGCUUUUCUCCUGGAUGGGCUCCACGAGGACCUGAAUCGAGUCCAUGAUAAGCCAUACGUUGAGCUGAAGGACAGCGAUGGCCGGCCAGAUUGGGAGGUAGCGGCAGAGGCCUGGGAGAACCAUUUGAGAAGGAACCGCUCGAUUGUGGUCGAUCUGUUUCACGGGCAGCUGAGGUCUCAGGUGAAAUGCAAGACCUGUGGGCACAUCAGUGUUCGUUUCGACCCUUUUAACUUCUUAUCGCUGCCUCUUCCGAUGGACAGUUACAUGCACAUAGAAAUAAUAGUAACUAAGCUGGACGGCACGACCCCCGUUCGAUACGGGCUCAGGCUGAAUAUGGACGAGAAAUACUCUGACUUGAAGAAGCACCUGAGUGAACUUUGUGCCCUGAAGCCCGAUCAGAUCCUGCUUGCGGAAGUACACAGUUCAAACAUCAAGAACUUUCCGCAAGACAACCAAAAAGUCCGGCAUUCGACGACUGCUUCCUUGUGCGCCUUCGAAGUACCGAUUCCCGGCUCUCCCACUUCGGCUUCUUCAAGCCCCUUGCAAACAGUUUUAGAUUUUUACCGCGGACAGUCGACCAACGGGGUGAUCAGCUGCCUGAUGAACGGGGACCUUCCACGGUCAACCUUGAUCCCAAACGGAAUGCCAAAUGCAGUGGUGCCCUGUAGGGGGGAGAACGGCGUGGUAAUGAAUGGCCAUCUGACCUCACCUUCCGACAGCCCCUUCAUAGGCUACAUCAUUGCGGUCCACAGGAAAAUGAUGCGGGCCGAAAUGUACUUCCUCUCAUCUCAAAAGAACCGGCCAAGCCUGUUUGGGAUGCCUCUGAUUGUUCCCUGCACAGUUCACACAAGGAAGAAAGACUUGUAUGAUGCUGUCUGGAUCCAGGUGUCUCGGCUUGCAAGCCCCCUCCCUCCCCAGGAAGCAAGUAACCACGCUCAGGAUUGCGAUGACAGCUUGGGAUAUCAGUACCCUUUCACCCUUCGGGUGGUUCAGAAAGAUGGCAACUCCUGUGCCUGGUGCCCCUGGUACAGGUUUUGCUACGGGUGUAAAAUCGAUUGCACAGAAGAAAGAGCUCUGAUGGGGAACGCAAACCUCGCUGUCGACUGGGAUCCCACCGCACUUCACCUCCGCUACCAGACCUCACAAGAACGGAUAGCAGAGGAGCACCGAAGCGUGGAGCUGAGCCAGCGCGCUCAGGCCGAGCCCAUCAACCUGGACAGUUGCUUGCGGGCCUUCACCAGCGAGGAGGAGCUGGGCGAAGAUGAAAUGUACUAUUGUUCCAAGUGCAGCACCCACUGCCUGGCCACCAAGAAGCUAGACCUGUGGAGGCUGCCCCCCAUCCUGAUCAUCCACUUGAAGCGCUUCCAGUUUGUCAACGGCCGCUGGAUAAAAUCCCAAAAAAUCGUCAAGUUUCCUCGGGAGAGCUUUGACCCAAGUGCCUUUCUCAUGCCGCGAGACCCGAGCUGCUGGCCGCCAAAGCUGCUGACGCCGCAGGCUGACGAUCCCGCGGAGCCCCUGAUUCUGCCGGAGGAGGGUCGGAGGAUGGAGCAGCGGAGCGGCACUGUGGCGGGAGAAGGCGACGUCCUCACCCGGAGCCCUUCCUCUCUCAACGCUUCGGGCAUCUUAAAUAAUAUUAGAGCAUCACCGUCCUCCGCGAGGAAGUGCCCGUCCAGCUCUUCGGCCAGUAAAAACCUUAGCCCCACCAGUAGCCCCAGGACUAUGGGCAGAAGUAAGGGGCGCCUUCGCCUCCCCCAGCUCUGUAAAAACAAACUCUCGAGCAGCAAAGAGAACCUGGACACGAGUCGAGAGAAUGGUACCCAGCCAGAUCCAAAGGCCGCAUUGGACUCCCCGGGCAGGGAGCCGCAGAAUUUGGGGGACGGUUCGGGAGAACCGGUGGCUGCUCAGGACAAUGAGGGGCAGCUAUCCAACGGAUACCUUUGCAAGCUGAGCUCCUCCAGCAACCACAGUCUCAACGGUCCCCUGGAAGCCCGCCGGGAAGAGGAACUGGCGGAUGACCAAAGAGGAGAAAUCUGUAUUAAUCCCAUUUAUAAUUUAUAUGCAAUUUCGUGCCAUUCAGGAAUUAUGGGAGGAGGUCAUUAUGUCACCUAUGCCAAAAACCCAAAUGACAAAUGGUACUGUUACAACGACAGCAGCUGUAAGGAAUUGCAUCCCGACGAAAUCGACACAGAUUCUGCCUACAUCCUUUUCUACGAACAGCAAGGGGUGGACUAUGCACAAUUUUUGCCAAAGAUUGAGGGCAAGAAUAUGGCGGAUACCAGUAGCAUGGAUGAAGAUUUUGAGUCCGAUUACAAAAAGUACUGUGUCUUGCAAUGAGCAAAAAAAAAACGGGUUUUGUAAAGGUUAGUCUGAGGAGGUUGCACCACAAGGCUGGUGGGGGUGGGGAAAGGAAAUAAGGUUUUAACUGAGCAGAAGAGCUAGAUAUAAUUUUUAUUUUAUUUUUAUUUUCCUCCUGUGACCUGAAAGCACAACUAAAGAAAAACAAAAUAUACCAGGGGGAGAAAGAGAAAAACUCUGAUUAAAGUGAGCAUUUAUUUAUCAGAUGGCAUUUGCUUUUGGUUUUCCCAUCUCUUGCUCCAUGCCCAGAGGGUGGGAGAAACACCCCUUGUUUAAAUUGUUUUAUUUUGCCUUCGGCCUUGAAACGGGCUUGACCUCAGCAAACCAGGACUAGAUGCAAUUCCAAGUUUUAGAAAGAUAACCCAGUUCAGAGGCGGAAGAAGAAGCGUAGCCCAUUCGUUCCUUUGACCCAUUUGCUCUUAGCAACCUCUGAAGUAAGUUGGGACUAGGGAGAGAAAUGACUUUUGGGGGAAGCUCUCUUCCGAUGGCUGAUGAUUCACUUGUAGUGUUGUCUGACAACAUGAAAUUUCUACCUCCUUUUUCUGAAGUUUUAUUCCAUUUCCGCGAGGAGAAGAGGCACACGCAGACGGCAGGGCACAAACUGCAGAAAAUUCCCCCCCAGAUUUUCCCUGCUGUUCAUUUUCUCAUUUGAUGUAUUCAUUAGCAGUUCCUUUCCGUCGCCUUCAGAAUAAAGUUUCCUCCUUUUUUCUUUUUUUUUCUUUUUUUUUUUUUGACUUUGCGGAAUUGUUCCAACCCUUUUGGCUUUCUGAGAGAUUUCGGAGCAGCUCCAGCAACCUUUUGCCGCUUGAAAUGGCUGGAGGUCUGGAAAGUGAGACAGCUCCAGGCUGUUGCUGGGGGCAGUGAGUGGGCUAUUUAUUUGUAUUCAUCUCCACUUUGGAUGGAUUGGGAUGUUCCAAGAGCCAAGUGGUUUUUUUUGUGGGGGGGGGGUUACUAAAGGGUACUUGGGCAAGACAUCUGCCCUUGUUGUGAAAAUAUUUUGCCAAUGUGGUUAUGUUGUCUUCUCAACUUACAACUUUCCUGCAAAAGAAGCUAGCUCCUGAUUUUUUUAGUGCAUUGACCUGAUCAUUGUUGAGCCUGGGAAAGUCAAAAACAGGCAUCUAUUCCCCAAUUCAACCCAACUCAAUCCAGCCCAACAGAAGUCAACCUAAUCCAACCUUAUGCAGCUCAGCCCAGCCCAAUACACCUCAGCCAACCUAAUUCAAUGCAACUCUACCCAACCCAAGUCAACCCAACCCAAUGCAAUUCAACCCAACCCAACUCUACCAAACCCAAUGGAACUCUACCCAAUGCAACUCAACCCAAUCCAACACAACUCUACCCAACCCAAUGCAAUUCAACCCAACCCAGUUCAAUUCAACCCAACACAAUGCAAUUCUAACCAACUCAAUGUAACUACCCAAUGAAACUCAACCCAACCUAUUGCGACUCAAUCCAACCCAACCCAACUCAGUGCAACUCAACCCAAUCUUUAAAUCCCAGAAGCAAUGGAGCCUGGUUGAGUGUUUGAGCCAAAGUGUAUCAGUGAUGGCUGAUGGGAAAUGCAUACCCAAAGGAGGACUAGGCAGGCAUGUUGCUGAAGAAGAGAGAUCAAAAAAAUCAAGAUGGUGUCGGUCACUCUGAUCCAAAUUCUACCCCUUACCCCCCUUUUUUCACUUGUAUCACAUGUGUGCAAGAGAUGGGGCUUCAGAAGGACAGUGACAGCUGCCAUCUUGAUUUUUAGGACCACCCCCACCCCCCAAGUAGCCAUCCCUCACAAGAUGGGGUAGAAGAUUAACAGGCCCUUCUUCAAGAUUCCUAGCACCAAUCUUAAAUUUGUGGCAGACGUUUUGAAGGGGAAGGAGUCCUCCCAAAUAUUGUUCUCUCUUCCUUUGAUUGGAGGGAGCACCAGUCAUGAUUUUGUUUUAAUUUGCAUUUUAGAAAUAACAAUAAAAACGUAGCGAGAGUUCAUUUUUGGGAUAGCUAUGUGCAUGCUUGGGUGUGUGUCUUUUCCAUUCCUUUCCUUUCAAAAAGCAAAGUUAGCACGUCUGAAUGAUGACGGAGAGGUGUCCGUUUUGCCACCCAACUGGCUGUGCUUUUGAUCAAGCCAACAUUGUCCCCGGAUACGGAAUAGUUAUCCUUCAAACCCACUUCAGGCAUCUCGUGGUUCUUCACCAUCCUUUGAUGGAAAUUCCCCCUUAUCUGUUCUUAUCGGUCAGCCAGAGUCAGAGCAGUGAGGUGGGUGUCAUAAAUUUAAUAAUAAAAACGAAAUAAGGAAUUAAAUUGGCAGCCAUUUCCAGCUUCUUGAAUGGAAAUGGAUUGAGAGAGCAGGAUAAUGGGGGAGCUGCAACAGCGUCCCCAUUUUCAGGUGAGGCCUCUUGAGCAUUUGAUUGAAAAACCCUUCCCAAAUCUGCAUUUAUUAAGCCAAGUCCUAAAUCGGACGCCCCCCCCACCCCAUCCCCCUUAUUCCACAUCUGCCCCAAUCAGAUGAUGAAAUAAUGUUGAUCAGAGGUUAGGAUAAAUCAUCAUUUCUUCAUAAACGAAGCCUCUGAACCGGCUCUUAGUGUUACAAUGAGAUUUUGAAAGAGCAGCAAAGGUGAGUUUUGCCUCUAAUUUGGAGAUCUGUUGUAGGACGAUGCUCUUGAAAUAUUGGGAAGAAGGGUUUAGUUGAAUACGUGACUACUUUAUGCCAAAUAAAAUCUUUAAUCCACCAGGGAGAAGUCAAUAACCAGCCUUCCCCCUAACAAGCUAGAUUUCUCAUCUGGAUGCAGAGUUUUAUUCUGUCUUCUGGAAGAGGAACGCACACUAUAAUCUCUUUGAACUGGUCCUGUCAAUCUGUCCCUUAUUGAGAACCUGAUAAAAAAUUCACAUUAUUUUUUUCAGCUAAUUUCCCCACUGUUUGUUCCCUCCUCCCAAAGCAAAAAUCGCUUGGCUUUCGUUGUCUUCUGUCAACAGCAGUGUAUACAGAAGACUAUUUAAAACUCCCCUUUUCCCUGAUAACCAUUUCCAGGGCAUUGUGGCUUCGUCUAAACCUCACAUUAGAGAGGAGGAUUAGUGUCUUCUUAAGAAGCUUGGCAAACAUGGAGAAGGACUGCAGGGCCUGAACUUUUGGUAGGUGUUUCCCAGAAUUCCCAAAUCCAGCCUGCUUUAAAAUGGGUGGACUACAACUCCCAGAAUUCCCCAGCCAGUAAGCAACUCAGAUCUUACAUUCACGCUGAGUGGGGAAUUCUGGGAGUUGAUGUCCACCCAUCUUCAAGGCGCCACGGUUGAGCAGCGCCCCCGGAGAACACAACAGUUGCUCAGUCUUUUGAUCUCUUGGAAAUGCAAGCUAAUGGACUCUGAGCGACUCCGCCGUGCACUGGGGAACUUAACCCACCCAAGUGAUGUGGCGCCAUUAUCCGGUCGUCACUAAGGGGGGGGGCACACCUCGUCACUCCCAUUAGCAUGUGCAUGUGUAUGAAUGUUGCAGAUGAGGUCAUUUCAAACCCAGAUCUUCUGUUGGAGCACGGCAGAAAGUCGUGGCGCAUCUUAAGGAGAAGAAGGACCUGGUAUCUCUUAGCUCAGGGGUCUCCAACCUAGGCCACUUUAAGACUUGUGGACUUCAACUCCCAGAGUUCCUCAACUAGCUGGCUGAGGAAUUCUGGGAGUUGAAGUCCACAAGUCUUAAGGUGGCCUCUAUCUUAGCUUGUCAUGCAGUAACAAGCCACCAUAACCUCCUAUAACCGUGAUGGUGAACCAUUUUGGCACCGAGUGCUGAAAAGGGAGCGCACACUCAUCUGGGCCACAAGCCGGAAGAGGAGCUGCCCAGGGGGCGUGCGCAUGCCGGAACAUGAACCUCUGGUUCCCGGUGCAUGCAUGCAUGCCAGCCAGCUCAUCUUCCGGUUACUGGUGCGCAUGCGUGCACAACGAUUAGCUGGCCAGACCAGCUCUUCCAGUUCCCGGCACUGCCGCACGCCCGAAGGCUAGCUGAUCGUCCCGCACGUAUGCGCUCCAGAAACCCCAAAGAGGAAUGGGCUCUGCUGCAUGUGCCAGGCAACAUGGAUUUGCAUGCUGCUUCAGGCACGCAUGCCAUAGAUUUGCCAUCACGGUCCUGUAAGUUCCCAUAAUCCCCGGCUGGGCUGAUGAGGCCUUCAGGAACGUGUAGCCCAGCGUAGCUCCUGAAAACCAAUUUCCCAACCCCACCCACCCGCUUCUAAUGGGUGCCACUACUCCGUUGUGUGGUUAAUAGUGCGACGUUCCCCUUAUGCCAAAACCAAGCCAGCAUCUUGUUGGACACAUCGUACGAUGCCUGUCAACUGUGUGAUGUUCUUAGUGGGGUAGCCAAAUUCUGCGGGGUGGGGGAGGAAGAGAGAUUUGAACAAUGCAUUGGCCCCUCAUGUCCAUUUUCUUGGCCUCUCUGCGCAUGGAGAAAAUCCCUACUUUAAAAACAGGAGGGGACCGUUCGCCUCUCUCUCCCACGUCCCUCUUCAUCUCCUUCAUUUCUUUGGUUUAAGUUCCCAUCCCAGCAUGAUCAACUCACCUCGUCUUUAAUCUGCCAUGCUUUUGUUACAUCGGUUGUAAUGAUUAAUAUAUUUUUUUUUAAGAAAAAAGGUUAAAUUAAUUCCUAAAUUUAAUAGGAAAAAAAAAACGAUUUAAGUUAACUGUUUAACUAUAUUCGCUCUGUAAAUUAUUGUAUAAAACUUAUUGACCUAAUGCACUGAAUUUAGAAAGACCGUGUACAUAAGUACUGUGUAAAUAAUUUAAAGGGGGGGAAAGUAUUAAUGUAUUGGGAUAUGAACUGUAUUAAAAAAAAGUCCAAGUAACUGUAUAUGGAGUGAACUUGUCUAUCUGUAAGUAUAUUAUUCAAGCAAAUUAAAUACUGUGGAUGCAACUCA